AUGCAAGCUAUUCAUGAAGAAAAAUGUACAGCACUCAUUGGUGCACCAAUUAUUUUUCGAGAUAUUUUAACACAUUCAGAUCGAAAAAAAUAUGAUUUAAGUUCAUUAAGUCUUGGUGUCAUUGCUGCAAGUCCCAUGCAUUAUGAUUUUUUUAGGUCAAAAAUCAAAGUUGCUGAUCGAGAUGGAAAUGCCGUACCUAUUGGACAACAAGAUGAAAUUUGGGCAAGAGGUUAUCCGACUAUGGCUGGAUAUUAUGGUGAUCCAGAAAAAAUACAAGAAACAAUUACACCAUUAUGCUAG